AAUCGCAGCUUAAUAUCUAUUAUAAAUGGGUCAGAAAAGUUAUUACAGAAAGAAGACUAACGCGGCUUGCAACGACAGAACGAUUGGAAUUUAUGGCUAGUUCCAACAAUUCGGGAUCACAGAAAAGAAAAAGAGGGCCUCGUAGGAUGGAAGUGGUCCAAGUGAAUAGUGAAGAGACGGAUAAUUCCAACGAAUCACCACAACCAAAUAAAGAUGUAGCUUCUCGUGGAAGGGCAAAGAAAUGCUUCAUUGCAGUGGAAGAUUUUAUAUGUGAUUUCACGGGUGAUGACAGUAUCAGGACGACGAUUUUAUGGAAGGAAAAACAAAAGCUAGUAAAAAAAGCGAACAAGUUGCUGAAUGACCCAUUGUUUAUGCUGCAAAAGUUGAGCAAUUUGAUAGAGCCAAGUAUUAUGGAAAAUACAAGGCUCAGAAGUGCAUUCGACGAUGUUAAAUCCACUCUGCAGCAGUCAAAGAAUCCAAUACCAACUCAAGACUCUACUGAUAAUAUUGCAUUGCCAGAGUUUGAAUUGGCUUUGAAGCAGUCAAAGAAUCCAGUACCAACUCAAGACUCUACUGAUAAUAUUGCACUGCAAGAGUUUGAAUUGGCUCUGAAGCAGUCAAAGAAUCCAGUUCCAACUCAAUACUCUACUGAUAUCAUUAAUGAGUUAGAGAGAGACGUACAAGUGACAAAGGAGGAGCUGCAAUUCAUUAAAGAGCAACUUAAGGAGGAAAAUGCCAUUGGUGACCUUGAGAAGCAAUUACUGAUGACUGCUAAGACUUUUCUCAUUGUCUCACGAAUGAUGAAUAAAGUGCAAGAAUCUUGCUUUAGAACGGUGUCUAAUGCGUUGGGAACCACACAAAAAUCUAUUCAAGAACAAUUUAUACAAAGAGAGGAUGAACAGUUAGUACUCCACUUUCGUCCAGCCCCUGACUCUAUCCAAACAAACCAAAGUGGGAAAACUGAUAAUGAUGUUCACAACUCAAAGAUGAUCAAUCAAGAGGAACUAGUGGUGGAAGUGGAUUUAACCCUAGCAUUUGUGGGAGAGAGACCAGAGAAGUUGAUACUGAAAAUGCAAAGAGACCAAAAGAUGGAUGCUUUGUGGGGAAUCGAUAUUGGACAUUUGAACAACAAUAUUUUAUCGACUGAUGGGCUAGGUUUCAGAGAUGCCAAAACACAUCAAGAGAUAGGAGAGAGCUGCACAGUCAGUUCUAAGGUCCGAAGCUACAACGUUGAUAAACACAAUGUUAAUCUGCUCAAGCAGAUAUUUGAAGAGAAUCCCAACAUUGACAAAGAGUUUAAAAUUAAGAAUCCAGAUUUCCAGAGUUUCUUCAUGAACAAAAUUGCUCUAUCCUAUGAUAGUAUAAAACGUAAUCCAUGGAUUUUUGGGCCAAGAGACGUCAAAACAAUGUUUCAAAUGGUGGAAGACAUGCAGUUUACUGAGUUGGAACAUACAUGGCUAAAGAAUGAGGUGAUACUGAUCCGUCAAGUGUUGAUGGAGAGAUAUGAGGCAGGGCUAACCGAGUUGAAAGAAUGUGACUGAGGCCACCGCUUGAGUCAUUGUUCUUUUCGCAAGGAAAUCCAUAAUGUUUUUUUUCUUCUGUUCUUUCUAUUUUGUUAAGGUUUGUAUUUGAGUAACGAAUCCAAUACUUUUGGAAUUUGAAGUUAUCUUUCGUGUUACCAUAAUUAUUAUGAUCAUGGGUUUAUAGCUUA